CAUGAAACCCCUAUCCCACAAGAAAUCCUCCACUACCCACGAAUCCCGACUAAUCCACCAGGAACAAGUUCUACUAAAACGAGUCUUUUCCAGUAUAUUUACAGCCAGAAUCCCUGUCGGAUUCUACGCAUUUAAUAUUGAACCUGAUAAUCUUUCAAUAGAAUUGACAAAUGGAGAUAAAGUAGCAAAGGAUUUUGCAAAGAUUUCAUUUGCAAAAGAUUUUGAGAUAUACGUUCAAAUCAGAGCCACUGGAAUUAAAAACAAGAGAAUUGACAAAAUUAUUCAUAAUAUGAAGAAUAAAAAUGUCAAGGAUAUUACUAUUCGUUGAGACUCUGAUCAUGGUGGAAAUAUCAAUUAUUCAAUAGUGAGAACUUGUCUGACUCUUUUCCCAACAGAGAACAUAAAUUGAAGCCUUCAUGAAAUGCACAUCACAGACAGAAUGUUCAUAAAAUUGGUAAAAAGAUGUUGAAGAGUAAAUAUAAUUGCAUUUUAUGGCUGAAUAAUUGAAAGAAUAGACUCUACCUGCUUACUUGGAAAGAAAGCAGCACUAAAAGUUCUAUUUCUAUACAACUGCAAUGACACCCAAGGAUCAAAGAUUGAACAAGGAGACACCUUGGAAAGUAUCCUCAGAUUCGUCUCUGAAACCACUCUCAUAACCUGCCUUUCUGAGAUUCGCUUUUUCGAGACCACCUCAAAGUCCAAAAUCCAAGACCUGAAGUCAAAAUACUAUCUCCAAAAGCUAAAAUUCACAAAGUUUUCAUUCGAGUCAUUCAGCUACAAAGAAUUCGUAUAAGUCCUUCAAUAAUUCCUCUAAU